AUGGCGACGCCCAACAUCAAAUUCGGUGCCCCCGUCAUCUUCUUCGACUCACACCCCGAGCAACAACCCGGCUAUGUCGCAUCAUGGGUCUACGCUUUCCGCGACCACUUGAAGAUCGCCUGGACUGGUGAUGUUCCCAAGAAGUUGUUCCCUGGCACCUUGCGACUGGUUUGGUGGACUACCGAUGGCACACAAGGCCUUCGCGACUUCGAACUCCACCAAUCUGAGCUUGUCAAAACACUCUGGGACUCGCUUCUCGACAACCCUGACGUUUCUCGCGCACUCGUGACUGGAUACUCUGGUCAAAAUCCCUUCGUCCUCAGCUACGGCGACAACCCAUGGCUCACAAAAGAACAAAAGGAGAAAUUGGUCCGCCGCCACAACGACGAGGUGUGGGCGAAGAAGUCGGCCAAGAGAAUCGAGACAAGGAGCAAAGAAGAGAGGUUCGAGGAUGAGAAGCAGGCCGCCAGAAGGAAAGAGCAGAUUCUGGAGCACAUUGAUGAGGUUAUCCAGAGUAACGAGGAUGCUGAAAAGGAGAGACUGUUGGCUACGGAUAGGGAGUUUGUUUGA